ACCUAAUUUACCUUCUAUUAAAUUGUAAAGUGUACAAAACUUUUCCAGAUACUAAAUUGUAAAAAUUAAAGUGUUUUUGAAUAAUAAAUAUAGAAAAAUCGUCAUGUCUUAUCCAAAUUAUGGGGUCGCAAGCGACGACGAACGGUUUGCAGACUACAACGAUGAUUCUCGCUCUAAUAAUAACUUUGAACAAAACAACUAUGACAGUGAAGAGGAUACUGAUGAUGCCAGUGAAACCGAGUUUCGCAAUAAUGGACGAACUCCCAGCUAUACCAGCUCCAAUCACCAAACAACAAAUGGUACCAACAACCACAACCAUGAACUUAAAGAACAAAUGUAUCAACACAAAUUAGCCAGCUUAAAUAAACAACUUGAAGAAUUAAAAAGUCUAACACAUCCUGAAUACUUGAAGAGACUCAAGAAGUUGGAAUAUCAAUACAAGGAGAGAUUAAAAUUGAACGAAAUUUAUAGAGACUACCUCAAAGAAUGUGUGGAAAGGGACUAUAUCCUGGAAAAGAAAGCUGCACAAAAAGAGUACGAUGAGAAAAAGAUUGAUUUAAAAGACAAUAUUUUAACAGACUUUGAAGAAAGGCGAAAAUUGAUCGAAAAUGAACGCUACAGUCUGGAACUAACUAAUGACUCAAUGGAGAUCAAACCCACAGUGACACGUAAAUUACGUAGAAGACCCAACGAUCCUGUGCCUGUGGUGGAAAAAAGACGUAAACCUACAACUGGCCAAUUAUUGGUAUAUAUGUUAGAUGAAAAGGAAAUAGAAAAUGAUCUUAAAACAAUACAAAGGGGGAAACCUUUAACGCCGACGUUACAACAAAAUGGCAUAUCUGUUAGUAGUUCUUACGGAUCGAAUAGUCUGCAACAAACAUCUAUUGUAUCCGACAAUGGUACUACACAAUAUGUGGAAACACGUAUAGAAGAUGGCAAAUUAUUAUAUGAAAAACGUUGGUUCCAUCGUGGCCAACAGAUAUAUGUAGAAGGCAAAGAUGUACCAAAAUUCGCAGCUACCAUUACAGCCAUAGGCAAUGAAGUGGUAUGGGUUAAGAAGGUUAAUGACAGCAGCAGUAGUAAGGUUAAAAUUAAUAUGUCCCAUUUAGCUAAAGGCAAGGUGACAAUAAAACGACGUGCCAACUGAUGACAUCUUAAUGCUUCUAAACAGCAACCAAUUGCUUUUACUCCACCAACCAUCAAUUAAGUAAAUUAAUUUAAUAUAGAUUCUAGAUUAUUUCAGCAUAGGAUUACAAACACCAUUCAUUUUGAAUGAUUGAACUGUUGAUUUAGUUUUUAUUAUUAUAUUUUCCUACAACUCCACACACACUCGAUAUUACACUCAUUUACUGUAAAGAAAAUAUCGAAAUCAUUUUUUAUGUUUUAAUUUUAUGUAUAAUUCCAAUAACUUAAUUUAUUGUUUUUCUUUUUUCAUUUUAAUUCAAAUACACAUCAAUUCGUUUUGUGUUUUCUUACUUUAACAAUAAAAAAAUUCUCUUGUGUA